GAACGAAGUUCUCGUUGGACAGCGUGUAUCAGCUGCUGUGGUGUAUAUCGCUCCAACGUUCCUGAUACGUGUCCGUCCCGUGUGUGGUGUCCGGUGUUUCUGCUAGCCGCAACGCUGGCGUAUCCCGAAUCUAUGGGGAUUGUCUGUCGUCGCGUCUUGCUGGGAUCUCUCUGUGUGUUCGCAUAAGGCGCCCGGCGCGCCUUCCCGUCACGAAUAAGCAUGUGUCGGGCACGACUGUUACUCCACUUUUUGGCCCUUAGCCUCCCCCUGGUCCGUACCGACGAGCACACUCACAUCUACGAGGACGGCGAUGAAGUUGUAUUAUGGAUGAGUACAGUAGGGCCGUAUCACAAUCGUCAGGAAACGUACUCUUAUUAUUCUCUACCUUUUUGUACGGGCACCAAGGAUGUCAUCAACCACUAUCACGAGACUCUUUCGGAAGCUCUUCAAGGAAUUGAGUUGAAGUUUAGUGGCUUAGAUAUCGAAUUCAAAGAGGAUAUCUCAAAAACAGAAUACUGCCAGAUAAAAUUAAAUGAAGAAAGUCAAAAGGCUUUUGUGUAUGCAGUAAAGAAUCAAUAUUGGUAUCAAAUGUACAUUGAUGACUUGCCAAUAUGGGGUGUUGUGGGAGAACCUGAAGAAAACAAUGGAAUUAUAUCCUAUCAUAUCUGGACACAUAAAAAGUUUGAUAUAGGAUACAAUGGUAAACAAAUAGUGGAUGUCAAUUUGACCAGUGAAAACAAAGUGAAACUGGUGCAAGGUGCACAUAUUCCUUUUAGCUAUGAGGUCAAUUGGAAGAAAAGUAACGUCAAGUUUGAGGAUAGAUUCGACAAAUAUCUGGAUCCUAACUUCUUUCAACACAGGAUACACUGGUUCAGCAUCUUUAAUAGUUUCAUGAUGGUAAUCUUCUUGGUUGGGUUGGUAUCCAUGAUUUUGAUGCGUACUUUGAGGAAGGAUUAUGCCAGAUACAGUAGAGAUGAAGAAAUGGAUGACAUGGAGAGAGAUCUGGGCGAUGAGUAUGGUUGGAAACAGGUACACGGAGACGUAUUCAGACCUGCAAGUCACGCCAUGCUUUUUUCAGCUCUUAUAGGUGCAGGUUAUCAGGUCACAGUGGUUGUACUGAGUGUAAUUAUUUUCGCUAUUUUGGGAGAACUUUACACGGAACGUGGGUCGAUGCUAUCGACAGCAAUAUUUGUGUACGCCGCCACGUCGCCUAUCAACGGUUACGCGGGCGGUGGACUGUACGCACGCAUGGGCGGGCGUGUAUGGAUCAAACAGAUGAUACUCAGCGCCUUCAUGUUACCACUACUAGUAUGUGGUACGGCCUUCUUCAUCAAUUUCAUCGCAAUGUAUUAUCACGCCAGCAGAGCGAUACCGUUCGGAUCUAUGGUCGCGGUUACGUGCAUCUGUAUAUUCGUGAUCUUACCGCUAACACUGGUAGGAACGAUUCUAGGGCGAAAUCUCGCCGGAACACCGGAUGCUCCGUGCAGAGUGAACGCAGUGCCACGUCCAAUCCCCGAGAAGAAGUGGUUCAUGGAGCCGUUGGUGAUCAUCAUGCUAGGUGGAAUCUUGCCUUUCGGUUCGAUCUUCAUUGAAAUGUACUUCAUCUUUACCUCAUUCUGGGCGUACAAGAUCUACUAUGUCUAUGGCUUCAUGUUACUAGUAUUCGUUAUUCUCAUGAUAGUGACGGUAUGCGUCACUAUUGUAUGUACAUAUUUCCUGCUGAACGCCGAAGACUACCGAUGGCAGUGGACGAGCUUUCUCGCAGCAGCUUCGACGGCCGGUUAUGUCUACAUUUAUUCAUUUUACUAUUUCUUCUUCAAAACCAAAAUGUAUGGUCUCUUCCAAACGGCAUUUUACUUCGGGUACAUGGCGUUGUUCAGCUUGGCCUUGGGUAUCAUGUGCGGGACGGUCGGAUACAUCGGCACUAAUGCCUUUGUGCGGAAAAUUUAUUCCACAGUCAAGAUAGAUUAAAAAGGAACACACAUCGCCGACGUAUGUCAUCAUUUGCAUCAUGAAUCGCAUGUAAUUUCCCGUACAGCGUGGUGCUCACUGCUUAGGAUGAAGGUGACGAGAUUAUCUCGCGCUUCUCCCAAUCGCGGGGAGAAAAUUCAUCCCAAACAGUGAUCACGUCGCUCGAGCGCGAUUCUCGUUCCGUCGAUUGACUCGAUUUACUUUUUAGGGGCGGCAUCGCAUACGCCGCUUAUCAUACGUUCUUCGUGACGUAUUACUAUUCUUCCAACGAAACUCACGCCGUCGCGCAUUACGAUCAGAUUUCGAACGACGUCCUCGUUUCGCUGUUCGCCCGUUAAUUUCUUUCGAGUCGCUCCGUCUCAAGGCGAGUAAAAGUGCUGUAAACGGAUCCUACCGUACUAGUAUGCGCGCAAUAUCGUGAGAACACAAGAGUCGUCUGUCAAUAAUAAAAUAAUUGUAAGUGUUAGUCGAAGUGUCCCAUGCGAACCCGAGCGGUUAUGUGAACGAGCACUCUUCGCGAUCGUGCAAAUUUAAGAUCAUCACGUCGCGUAUAUUUUGUCGUCGCAAUAUUUUUUAUCGGACUGGUACGCGCCAGUGAAGCUAACAAAUUUGUAAUGGUCGAUGGUUCGAUAUACAUUACGAGUUCCUUCGAGUUUGCACGAUUGCGAUUGUUUCUUGCGUGUGUAUGAAUAUACCUGGCGCGUGUCUCGUCGUAUCACUUGGAAACGCCAUGUAAAACUGAAGGAACUGUUGUGCGAGAGGAUUAACGAGUUCCCGCACUCUCUUGUAUGCUUUCUAGCUAAAUAAAAUUUAGUACGUGCGGUAAA